UAUAAACACCUUUAUCAUAUGAUGUAUUGUCUAGUUUAUGACUAAGGUGAAUGAAAUAACAUUUAUCAACAAUAACUUGCCAAUAUAUAUUUUUCAACGUAUUAAGUUAAACAGAUACAAUUUUGUAUAUCUACUCUAAAUCGUUGUAAUUACCCUUUCAGAUGACGAGCAGACCAGCGAGACAAAUGUCAUUAUCUUUCUUAAAAAAAAUAUGCUUUCAACUCUUAAGACGGAAACUAAAGAUUGUCUUUUUGAAGAGAUUAUAGGACUCUUUAAUAUGAGUGACGUUAGUAUUGACGAUAUUCAGAACAUUCCAAAAUACAGAAGUGACCUUGACUUAAAAGAGAUUUGUAGACACCUGUCCUCAACAUUUAAAGAUAUUUGUGGUGUUGGAUGUCGAAUGCAAAAACUACAAAUUGUUGUGAAAGAUGUUCAGACCUUUACUACGGAAGAAAAGCAAAAUAGGCUCCGACAAGUUUUACGUGACUUCAAAAUCUCUGCGUACGAACUCGUUCCAAUGUCAAUUAAAAAAUAUUUAACACCUGGUGAUAGCGUCGCUGUUGGUUACGUCCGCAGUGGAAGUUUUGGUUGCUUUGCCAAAGAAAACAAUACUCAAAACCACGAGACAGUGAUGUAUGGACUAUUCUCAAAACAUUUAGUGCCAUCAAGUGAACAAAUAAACGUGUUGCAUGUAAUGGAAGGUGGUGAACCCAAAAGCGUUGGCAAUGUUAUAGGCAGCACUGUGGAAGGUGGCAAACUUGAUAUAGCAGCAGCGGCUCUUUCUAUAAGAAAAGAUGAAUGUGACGCAAGGUUUAAAACAGCCAGGGGUAAACAAAUUUC